AUGAAUAUUGAUAAGACUAGCAAAGUGAUAAUACUACCUGCCCAAACGAAAAGUGAAUGUUCUAUUGAGUAUAAGAUCAUAAAUCUCCCCACUUCGAAUCUUACUUCAACUAAACCAUACUUGGUUGAUUCGGAUUCGAUUUAUGAACUCAACACUAUACUUGGCAACAAUACCGCUUACCAGUUACCUACGAGCGGUGAUGCCGUAAAGUCUUAUAUCUUUGAACCCGAGGACCCCAGUGUCGAAGGCGGAUUAUUACAAUCUAGUAAAACUAUAAUUACUUCGCCGUUCAACUUUACAUACUUGUUGAUUUCCAUUUUUCACACACACCAGGAAAAGUUUCGAAAUACAUUUAAGACCAUAGAUGAUAUUAGAGAUAGUCUUGAAAGCCUUGGUGAAUAUACAUGGGUAUACGAUGUACCAGAACGAAUCUAUUUGCUGAGUUUGGACUCGAUUUGCGAGUCCAUCAUAGAAGGCAACCAAGAACGGUUUUAUAAGUAUUCUGUUAAUAAAGCAAUGGAUUGGGUAAAUGGAAAAGUUAUAGCGUUAUCAAACUUUAUCUUUGAAGAAAAAGGAAAUAGCAUAAUGAGGAGAAUACAACUGGAAUUGAAUGACCCAACAAGUAUAGAAGGACACAUCAAUGAAGAAGUGUUACAAAACACAGUGAUGUGCUGUGCUAUUGACUAUGUGUGUUUCUCAUACUUGUGCAAAGGGGUUAGAGAGGUAUUGGUUGAAAAUUUAAAGUAUGAUUUUACCAAAAUGGAAACUUAUUUAGCCGAGAUCAAAAAGAAACAGAGGGACUUACAAAUAGUGGAUGCGAAUAUGAAUGAAGUCAAUCAAACAACAUCGAAUGCCAACAAAACCAAUAUUAAAGAUCAUAAUCAAAACCGAAAUCGAAACCAGAGCAAGAACGCCCAACAGCUGAAACGAAAGAAACCCGUGCAAAAAGUAGCUGUUGGUAAAGGAGCCCUAGAUGGGUUUUUCAAAAAGAAAACAUAG